CUUGAUGUGACGACAGUUGAGGAUUACAAGAAAUUGCAACAGUAUGAAAAAGACAAGUUUACCGAGAUGGUCAAGCAGGUGAAAGACACWGGUGCUAACCUUGCUAUCUGUCAAUGGGGAUUUGACGAUGAAGCAAACCAUCUUCUGUUACAAAAUGAAUUGCCAGCMGUGAGAUGGGUUGGUGGUCCAGAAAUUGAGCUUAUAGCCAUYGCAACAGGAGGUCGUAUUGUUCCYAGAUUCUCUGAGCUWACAUCAGAAAAGCUAGGCAAAGCUGGACUWGUAAAAGAGAUGAGCUUUGGUACSACCAGAGAUAGGAUGCUUGUUAUUGAACAAUGUCAGAACUCCAGAGCUGUGACUAUUUUUAUCCGUGGAGGAAAUAAAAUGAUAAUUGAGGAGGCUAAACGCAGUAUCCAUGAUGCCCUGUGUGUAGUACGUAAUCUUGUUCGUGAUAACAGGAUUGUAUAUGGUGGGGGAGCAACUGAGAUUGCCUGUUCAUUGGCAGUAGCAAAAGAAGCUGAUAAGAUAUCAACCAUUGAACAAUAUGCUAUGCGUGCUUUCUCUGAUGCACUGGAUAACAUACCAUUGGCACUAGCAGAGAACUCAGGCUUAAACCCCAUACAAACUGUAGCUGAGGUCAAAUCAAGACAAGUUGCUGAGAAUAAUCCAAGACUAGGUGUAGAUUGUAUGGAUACUGGUAUCAAUGAUAUGAAAAAACAACAUGUAAUCGAAACACUUAUUGGUAAGAAACAACAAAUCAGCCUGGCGACACAAUUAGUCAAGAUGAUCUUAAAGAUUGAUGAUAUACGAAUUCAAGGCGGAGAGAUGMAGCAAUAGGUCGUGUGUUGGUGAUGAAUGAAGAUACUCUGUGAACAGAUCCAUUACUGUAUGMAGAGUAGAAUGAUGAACGUUUUCAAUUUUAUCGAUAUUUAAAGGUGUGUGUGUCUGCCAAUGAGAACGUCUGCGUUUGUCAUCAAAGAUGAAAAUAGCUUAAAUAAACAUCACAAUUCCCAGAAA